AGGAACUGUGGACUUCUCGGCAAUGAUGACACUUACGCAACCCAUCCAUCCGAACUCGAAAAGACCAAGAGUUCGUUCGGGCACAAACAUCCACAGAUCUAAAGUUCAUCCCGCAUCUUUUAUAUACAUGCAGAUAAAGGGCCGCCACUAACAUUGCCCCGUCCUCCCCCAUCAACAUGGAGUUUGAGAAGCCCCUAUCCGCGGACAAGGGUACGGGAGCUACCGUAAACGACCUCCUCCCGACCCCAGCGACAGAUCCCACCGACCCCAACCUUGGGGGCCAAAAUUCCACCACGGCGCCGGGGGAUGGUCCGACAUUAUCUCAUGCUUUGGCCACGGAAACACUUGAUAAUGGGAACCAGACACAACAACCCCCCCGGGAAAAGAAUGCCCUGGACUCAGGGUGGAACGAGCAACAACAAGACACUGCAGCACCUCUAGUUGCCGGUAUAAAUAAUGAAGAGCUUUGGCAGCUUGUUCGGCGAUUCAACAAGCAAAUAUACGACGUUCGGGCCACUGCUUGCCCACCCCCUGGCGGUUUGGACCUCAAUAUCGCUGACGAUGAGGAAUUCUCGCCUGACAAACUGCGCGCCAACAUUGAACGGCUCUACAUGACGGUUGGUGUUGGCCUCCUCACCGGUUGGAAGCACCUUGUACGACUUCGAUCCUGGCGGGAGAGUCGACGCACUGCCUGCUUCGCUGCGGCAUAUUUCGUUGCCUGGUCCUUGGAUCUUCUUACUCCCCUUCUCUCGGCUGCUUUACUAGCAAUGGUUGGAUCGCCUCACGCACGCCGAAUAUUGUUCCCUCCUGCCCCAGUUGCGCUCGUCGACAGCAAGACUGGUGGCGUGCAGAAGCCGAAGGCGGGCGUCCUCGGAAGCCAUGACAGCGCCACGGGUGCGCCAGAAAACCACAAGGGCGAGGCAGUGGAACAGGAAGCUAGCAAUCUUGUCAGUGGCAUUGCUUCGGUCGCCCUAAGUAGUGCUGCGGGUAAACAUCCGCAAGGCGAUCCGGACUCGGAUGAUAAAGCUGCUUUGGACACAGCUCCUGAUCCGACGGCCCUCGCAGCCAGCACCGUUGACGCCAAGGAGAAGGCGAGUGGUGGCAAGCCGGGCCCGAAGCAUGACAAGACCAAGGUUCCCAUAGAGACGGCCAUCUGGGCCAAGAUGCGGCCAAUUAUGCACACCAUCGGCACCAUCGCCGACACCUGGGAGCGCCUUUCCAACACUCUCUCGCCUAUCCCGCUAUUCCCCUCCGAAGUAUACCGUCUCCGCCUCGUCAUCAUUCUCCUCCCCCCACUCGUUAGCUUCUCUCUCCUCCUGACGCCCUACCGUCUUGUAAAGUCUCUCUCAUUCCUAAUCGGCGUCAUAUUCUUCGGCGACCCAAUCCUCUCGCGAGGACUUGACUGGCUGAACCGGACCAUCCCCAACUGGCAAAAGCUACUCGAGCCGCGCAACACAAUCCUCAAAGGCGCCCCCACCAACGCCCAACUCACCCUCACCCUCCUCCGCCACGGCGAAGCCAACCACGCCCCCCUCCCUCCACCCCCACACACAACCUCCCCACCGCCAACCCAACCCGCCCCGCUCACAGCCACCGACCUCGGGCCAUCAGACACCCCCCCACUCAACGCAACACCAGCCGAGAUCGACGCAGCCAUCGCCCCCUCCACCGACACAAACAACGCCACCACCAACACCACCCCCUCACCCGCCACCCCCCAAAACACACCCCACCACAACCGCACCAGCAACCGCAUCCUCAACCUCUUCAAGGGCACGACGCGCGGUGUCGUCAAGACCGCCGUCGGCACCGACACGGUGCGCGCCAAGGCAGGCAGCGCGCCGGCCAAGAACCGGCUGGGGGUGAUCCCGCGCGGCCACAACAACGCUGCGGCGGCGGCGGCGGCGGCAGCGGCGGCAGCGGCACGGACAUCAGCCGCGCCUGGACCGGCGGCGUUCGAGGCGCGGUGCGGCGGGCACAAGGGCGCGGUGUGCUUGUACAGGUUGUCGACGGGCGGCGGCGGGGCGGCGGCGGGGCCCGUGGUGGCGUUUGCGCGGGGUCAUGGGCAGAGCCAUAAGGGUGGGGGGGUGGUGAAGGUUGGUCUUGGUGGGGAAAAGAGGGACUCGGAGGGGGUGAAGCCGGCAUGGAGCGUGCCCGUGGCAGAUGUGGUUGAGAUCAGGAAGAUUGGGGGGUAUGGGUGGAAGGCGAAGCUGGUGGUGGGGUGGUCGAUGGAGAGGGAGGUGAAGGAUGGGCUGGUGAUUCGGACUGUGGGAGGGGACGAGUAUAAGAUUACAGCUGUUCCGUUGAGGGACGAGUUGUUUAAUCGGCUGGUUGCGGUGGGAGGGCAGAAGUGGGAGGCUUGGUGA